GAAGGUGAAGGAUAGAGAGAGAAGAAAAGAUAGGACUGAAUUGAAUCGACACACAAACAAUCAAAACACUCGACAAAGUCUUCUUUCUUCCAUUCUCUUCUCUCAAACCCAAGAAAAAAGUUCUCCUUUUUUCAAACCCUUCAUCCAUGGCGUCGCCUCUCUUUCUCCUCUUUCUCUUCACCAUUUCCUUCUCAAUUCCCUCUCAAGCUCGUCCUUGCAAAUCCCUUUUCCUUUCCUUUUCCCUUCACCGUCACCGAACCCUCGAUUCCCCCCAUCCCUUUUCCCAGAUGGCCAUUAUCGUCGAUAUCACCGAGUUCAAAUCUUCCUCCUUUUCCUCUUCUUCCGAUCCCCUUUUCCCCUCCGUCGCCGACCCCACCGACAUCCUCCGCUUCGAUCUCCCUCGUCCUACCCCUGUUUCAGCAACAACCCAACACUUCCCUUACGAUUUCACCUCUCUCCGCGAUCGCACCAAGGAUAUUCUCAGCGUUGUUGUCGCUUUGCUCUUUGGCGUUGGCUGUGGCGCUCUCACUGCUGCCACUAUGUAUUUGGCUUACUCUUUGUUUGCUGGUCAAUUCGGGCAUCGCUCCUCUGUGUAUGAUGACUUUGGGGAGGAUGAUGAUGAUCUCAGUGAUGAUAACAAGGAGAAUAUUAAGAAGAUGGGUUAUAUCAACAUCCCUGACGACGUUGCCCCCGUUAAAUCAGUGGGUUUCGCUCUCUCGUGUAGAAUGAAAUGAUAUGGAGAGACGAAUCGCAUUGUGAAAGUUAAGGUCAAGUAGGUUGCAGGAAGGGAAUAAUUAUUGCACAAGAAAGGACUGAAGCUAACUAAGAACAGAAAGGAUUGGAGCUUUGGUGAUGUGACUUUGCGAGUGGAGUUUGGGAUUCCUUUUUUUUUUGGACGUUUGGCAUGAAGAGUGUUUGCCACAGAGAUGUCAGUGCUACGAGGAGUUUCUACUCAAUCCACCUUUUUGGGAGAGACUGGUUUCUUUGGCUUGCUUGGUGUAUGCGGUCUUGUAGGUUCUGUGGGGCAGGUGAGUUGAGUGGGAUCAUAUGGAGUUUUGAUCUUUGAUUUCAUGUUUCCCUCUCGAGUUUCAUUUCAAAGACCUUUUGUAACUUAUAAUUUCACGUAGUUGGAGCUCAUGUAGUGAGUAUUUCCCUUU